AUGAAGAAAGUUGAUGAACAUAUUGUUAAGUCAAUUCCCAAACCGAUAGACUUCAAGUAAAAUGCUUACUCAGUAAAAAGAAGAUCGAUUAUUGGAGAUUUGCAAGAUUUCUAAAAACUUCAUGAUCUAAAGGUUGGUACAAUGACAAGUAAACAAGCUCAGCCAAAAAACAGACUAUCAUUUUUGUUCAUGACUAGCUUUCAAGAGCAAAGAAUUGAUAAUAAUCAACAACAGGAAAAAUAAUAAUUUAAAAACUUACCAAUAUCCCUUAAAAUAAAAUAACACGCCUAAGAAAGAGCGUUAUAGACUUAUUAUUCGACUCAGUCAGAGUGGAACAGCUAAAAAGCUUUUUUUGCAAAAAGAUGCAAUAAGAGUCCAGAAAAUCUCAUUAUGACUUAAACUGAAAAAUAUAGGGAAAACACAAAAGAGGUCAAAGAAGCAAUGUCUUAAAAUUUUACUAUUCCUGAAAAGCUUGGGCAUAACUAUUGGUAAAUGUCUCUAAGAUAGACUGUGGAGUUAAAGGAUUAAAAAGUACUAGGGUUUUUGAAGCUCAAUAAAAAUUCAGAUAUACAAGUAAUUAAAAAGGAAAUCGAUAAUACAACCAAUUACUUUAAAAUUAGAAAUAAUUCUCAUGCAGUAUAACUUGAUGAAACUAAAGCAGAUAUUUAAGUCGAGUCAAGAAUUAUCAAUGUUAAAAAUAAUAAUCUAAUUGAGGACGAUUUAGCAUCAAGUGAUAGAAGCGUAAGUGAAGUAGUUAUUAAUUUGAAAGAAGAGAAAAGGAAACUUCAAGAAAAAAUGAAGAAAAAGCAGCAAGUUAAGAUGAAGGGCUAGCAGCUCAAGGAAACCUCAUCUAGAUUCAUUGAAAGGUGCUACUUAAAGAACCAAUUUGAAAAAACUAGAAAUAGCCUGGGUGAAGAAUAAUCUUUCAAAACACAGUAAAUUGAGAUAGUUGCUACAAAUAAGCUAAGACAAGAAAUAGAAGCAUUUCAAAAUCAUUUUUAGAAGAAAAGAGAUAGUCAUAUGCAAGAAGCAGCUAAAUAAUAUAGAGGAACACAAUCAUCAUUCAAUGUAGCCGAAGCAAAAAAUAAUGCAUAAACUUAACUUUAGAAAAAUACAGGAAAGCAUUUGUAAAUUUCAUCAGAUAGCUUUAGAAAAAGAAACAGGCAAACUAGUCCAUAAAUUUCAAAGAAUCAGCCUCCUUAAAAUCCAUUUAAAGAUGAAAAUAAUCUUGAUGAUAGUAGACCCUAAUAUGAUCCCAAGGAAACGGAAUACAUUGAGGUCCUCUAUUAAAAUAAAGUAUUUUUCUGA